AUGUUCAGCGGACUCAUCAGCGGCCUCUGGCGCUCAUCCGGGGCACCAGACGAGGCACGGACCACGGCAGGCAGUCCUCGCAAAGUUCCCUCCAGUGACACCGACCUCGCCCAUGCACGCGUGAGCCUCUACGCAGUCCGCGGCACGGAGGCCACGGAGCUCUUUCUCUCCGCGUCGCUCGCCUUCGAAGACGACGACGGCGAGCGAGUUCUCGUCGUCCGCGGCGUCGCCGCCGAGGGCGGGCGUGAGUGCCAGGAGCGAUUUCCCUGCGCGCUCAUCAGACGCGUGCGCCACCAUCAGCCCGACAUGUUUCAGUGGAUGAUGUCCGGCGGAAAAAGCAAAGGAGACGACGUGGGCGACGAGUACGGUCUUUUGUUUGAGAAGGACGAGUUCGCGUGGCUCUUUGAGCGCCUGUUGAUUCGGAACUUAUGCGCGGAGGCCGACGAACUGCUCGCGGUCGACGCGUGUUUGUCUGCGUAUUCGCGCUUGGAGAAGGCGUGGCGCGCGCUCGCGGACUGCGUCGUCUGUCGCGUGGUGCAGCGGCCGCAGUCUCUCGAGGCCUUUCUCCUCAUCCACGAGGUGGCGCCGCGCCAGAGUGGAGACGUGAGCGGCGCCGCGCCCAGCAGACGCGCCGGCGGAGACGCGCAGUGGUACCUGUCGCUGUCUUACGACGAGUUCAUGACCAUGGACGCCGAGAAGAGACAGAUUCAGUGGUGGGGGGUGGGCGCCAGGCUGAAGUCUGGACAAGACGACGAGGGGGAGGACGGCGAGGAGGCCGACGGCGACGGCGAGCGCCAGCUGUUUGAGUUGUCCGCGGUCGGCGGCCCGGAGGGCGCGAGGGACGCAGACGCCUGCGCGGCAAAGAGUGCCGAGUUCUUCCUCCUCGUUCAGCGCGUCAUGAUGGAGGCCGCCGAGGGCGUGCGCGUCGACGACGCAGCGGGGCGGACAGUGCAGGCGAUGGAGGCGUCGUUUGGCUACGUGAGCGACGCGUUCGACAGGGGCAUCAAAGAGGACGAAGAAGACCGCGAAGUCGAAUGGGGUGACGCACAGUCGGAGGAAGCGACAGACGACGAGACUGAAGCCAGUCUGCCUCUCGUUCAGCGCGACCCCACUCGAGACGUUUGGGCCAAGAGCCCCGACACGAUGCUGUACCAGCAGAUGAACGUCGGCAGGGAACGGACGUUCAUUUUUCGGCAGACUGCGCAGACGUCUCGACACCGCAAAAACGACCUUCAGGUGCUCGGGUUCGAUGAGUUCGGGAAGACACGCAUCGUAGCGACGGUGGAUGACGCAAAGUUUAAUUUCAAAAAGCACCAUGUGAAGCCGGCGACCGCCCUGCUUCACGACGGCGAAAGCAAGAUGAUUCUCGUCGGCGAGGACCGCAGCAACGCCUAUCUGAUGGACUUGGAGAGAGGAGAAAUCGUGCAGAAAUGGGACGCUGACGACAUGAGCAUUGGCGGCGUGAUGCCUGCAAAGAAGGACGGCAGCCGCACACACGACCCCACAUUCGUCGCGUAUAACCCGCAGGCGCUUUUCUGCGUCGACACCCGCCAGGCGGCGCAUGCGCGGACGCACACCCUCUCCUACGCCUCGAAAGUCAACUUCACCUGCGGAGCGACCGACGCCUCCGGACACAUCGCCACAGGAAAUGCCGUCGGCGACAUCCGCAUGUACGACGGCGGGGUGAACGCAGAAGGGAAAUACAAACGCGCGAAAACGCAUUUAAAGGGACUCGGCGACCCGCUUUUGCACGUCUGCACUCUCGCCGACGGAUCUUGGGUGCUCGGGACGUGUCAGAAGUACUUGAUUCUGUUUCCCGUGAAGCUCGCGAGUUCCGGAAAGACCGGCUUCGUGGCGGCGCUGGGUCAGCAGAAACCGGCGCCGAUCGUGCUUCGUCUCCGCCUGGAAGACAUCGCGUUUUACAACUUGCAGGACUUGAGCUUCACCAGAGCCGAGUUUGACGAAGACGAGGCGACCAUUGUGACCUCAACCAACAACCUCGUGAUCAUUUGGGACUUUGUGGCUGUCAAGCGCGGAGACUUGUUUGCCUACUCGAUUCGCAAGGUGCAUGAGUACAUCAAAGACGUCGCCUUCGCGAAAACGCGAGUGGGAGACGAGCGCGUGAUCAUGGCUACUCCGUCAAACGUCAGCACGAAGCCGCUAAAAAAGAUUGUUCGAUGA